AUGUUUGAACAAUUUUUAAGAAAUAAAACCGACGAAUGGCAAUGCAAAACAUCUGAAGAAAAAUGGCUGGCAAUUUUUAAAUCAUUUAAAGAGAAUAAUAUUGAUUAUUCUAUGUUAUUAAAAAUUGUAGAAUUUGCAUUUGCAUUGCCUGGAUCUAACGCUGCAGUGGAGAGAAUAUUUUCAUUGAUGAACAGUUGUUGGACAAAGUCACGAGGUAAUUUAUACAUCAAUACAGUAGAAGCUACUUUAGUCAUUAAGACUAAUUUGGAAAAUAAACCAUGCCAACAAUUUUAUGAAGACAUUUCGAAAAAUAAUGAUUUGCUCAUUCGAGUUCAUAAAACUGCAAAAUAUUCAACAACAAAUCAAAAAUCAGAAACGGAAGCUUCUGGAUCUCAAACAUGUAAAAAUUCGAAAAAUGAAGUUAGAUGA